CUUUAUUGCCUGUACCGUAAAAAGCUGAUAUAAACGGCUCAAGUAGCCCGUUUGUUUGUAUCGAAUAAUAUGUACGCCAAGAUGUCGUCGGUGUUAGCGUUCUGCUUGUUUACGUUUGCCGUUGAUACAAUUUAUGGACAAGCUGGAUGUCCACAAAUCGAAUGUCCAGAUUUCCAAACAAUCCCUAACGAGUGCCGAAAGGCCGAGUUCACCAUAGGUACAGAUGGACGAAUCAGAUGUCGCCUUUGUGACACCAGCAUUUGUGGGAACCGAUCGACCGUCUGCCCACAAAUAGAGUGUCCCAAUGACGGGAACAUACCACGUGAUUGCAGACGACCUAAUUUCGUAAUCGGGACCGAUGGAAUAACAAGCUGUCGCGUGUGCGACAGCAGCAUCUGCGGUAACCAAACGUCCGUCUGUCCAAAAGUCAAGUGUCCAAAAAACCGGGACAUACCUCGUGAUUGCAGACGACCUAAUUUUGAAAUCGGGACCGAUGGGAUAACACGAUGCCGCGUGUGCGACAGCAGCGUUUGUGGCCCCACGUCACAAGUGUGCCCCCAGAUUCAGUGCCCCGGUGACAGCAACAUUCCUGCUAAUUGUCGUAGGCCAACAUACGUGAUUGGCACCGACGGAAUCACAGAUUGCAGAGUGUGUGAUGCCAACAAGUGUAAACAAUAGUUGUACCACCGAACAAAGUAGUUUACAUCAUGUUACGAUUCGGACUUUAAUGCAGAGUUUUUUCUUGCUGGGACCUAUAAGUACAUUUUCAUUUUAAUAUUACGUUGACAUAUCUACAUAACUUGGUUUACGUUGUAUGAAACCGACACAUGGUACCGAAACUUACGUUUAUUGUCACAGAUUCAUAUGCAGUUUACCACAUUCCUCAAAUAAAUACUAUUUAUAAUGUA